CUUUUGCAUACUUUUGCAUAGGAACCUAAGUCCAUAUCUUUCUGUUUUGGUGAUCAUGCGACAACCGUGCGCGUGCAUGCAUGCGUCAUAGGUGCGCUCCGGUACUUGUAAAAAUGGCACUACACCCCCGGAAAACCCCGAGCUGAGCAUUUAUUGAACCACUGUAACUAGACUCUUGGAAUGACUGAGGAUACAUUAAAUAUUGUAUUUUUGUAAGUAAAGGGAACAUUAUCUUUGGGUUCAGGCCUCCAGAGUUCGCUGUAUCAUCAACAACAAAACGUUGUGUUGUUUAUCGUUGCCUUUAGGACUCCAAACUGCAUUUUAAUGAAAUUGUAAAGUUUAACCCGAAGCAAAACUUGACAUAGAGUGUAUUAUUUAGUAAGUGCACAUGAGGUCAAUGAUUAGGGCCUCGCACCAACCCUGCAAUCGUUCUCAAUGCAAAGAAGUGAACUCACACCCAUGUAAACAAAGUGUGGCACCUUUGGGCUCAGGCCUCCAGAGUUUGAUGAAGUUGUUCACAUGCUAACUUUGAAGAGUUAAUGAGAUCCAUGGAGGGUGAGGAAAUGUGAUAAAAUACUUAGUCUGAGGGAAACAGUUCUCAUCUCUGCAUGAACACACAUGAGGUGCAGUUUAAGGUCUGGUAUCUGUGAAUGAAUCAAACAUGCAAUAUGUUAUUAAGACUUCAUGGUAAGACAUCUCUUUCUAUUUUAAUAAUGUGUGCCUGUUAUAAAACCUGCCUGUCUCAUGUAUGAAUGUUUACCUUUGGAUUCUUCAUGGAUGAUGACUUAAAUGUAACAUACAUUGCUCUUAGUGGGUAUGUCGGAAUGGGCACAUUCAGGUUUUUGUAUUUUUCUCUUAUGUUUGCUGUAUAUAUCCUAACAAUGUUCUUUAGUUCAUCCAUUAUGUGCCUUAUAUGGAAGCACAAGAACCUCCAUGAGCCUAUGUACUUUUUUAUCGCAGCGUUGCUGCUGAACUCCAUUGUUUACAACACUGCUAUGUACCCAAAGUUGUUAGGUAACUUUGUGUCUGAGAAACCGGUCAUAUCAUAUUCAGCCUGUCUCAUUCAAUUCUUCUUGUAUUACUUCUUGUGUGCUUCAGAUUUCUUCCUGUUGUCAGCCAUGGCCUAUGACAGAUAUGUGUCUAUAUGUAAGCCUCUGCAAUAUCAUGCUAUAAUGACAACAACUACAGUGAGUGUCAUUCUCUGUUUGGCUUGGCUUGUGCCUGCGUGUGAGAUUGCAGUCUCAGUCAUUCUGAUUGUUAAUACCAAAUUCUGUCAUUUUACUUUAAAAUCAUUUAUAUGCAACCAUUCAAUUUACAAUCUCUUUUGUAUUAGUUCAAAAGUAAUAACUUUAUACGAUCUGUAUGUUCUCUUCAGCAUGGCCCUUUUGCCUUUGCUCUUCAUACUUUUCACAUACACCAGAAUACUGAUCAUCUCCUAUCGGAGCGGUAGAAAUGUCCGGAGAAAAGCUGCACAGACCUGUUUACCCCACCUCGUGGUUUUAUUCUGCUUCUCCUGUUUGUGUUCAUAUGAUGUUGUAAUAGGCCAACUUGGAUCUGAUUUACAUUCCAUCAUGACUUUACAGGCAUUCUUGUAUUACCCCCUCUUUAAUCCAGUUAUAUAUGGACUGAAAGUGAAAGAAAUCUUUAAGCACCUGAAGAAGUUGUUCUGUCGAGCAAAGUUGAACUGACAUAUGUUGCAGUACUUGUGAUGUAAGUGAUGCUAAUGUGCAUUUCCUCUGUAAUAAUAUGCACAUAUGUGAUGUUCUGAUCUGUGGGAGGUAUUUCAUGUAUAACCUCUUUACUACAUGUCAUGUACGCAGUAGGUUCAGUUUGAACAAUGUUAUGAAUACUUAAUAUGCUUCAAUUAAUAAAAAUCAUGUUUUUUGAAUGAUGUGAUCUGAAGUGUUCUUUGGUUUGUCAAACCCACAGAUGGUCUUGUCCAUGAAAAAGAGUCUAGUGAGGAAUAAGCCCCGAGUACAAAGGCAUACCGAAUGAACUGAUGAUUGGGGUAGCAAGAACAACCUGAAUUAUCAUAUCAUAUGUAUCAUCAUUUCAGGCUCCUGAUGGAAGUUUAAUGUUGUUCUUCCAAAUAGUGUCCAACAAAAAAGAUACCUAAAGGAAGCAUUAAUGAAACCUGAAUACAGUCAGGCCACUAAACGUGAUACACAAUGAUCUGUGGUGGAAAGGAAAAGAGACACGGGGCUCCUACAGGGAAAACUCAAAGCUGUCAGUGCGUAGAUAAUAUGAAAACGAGGAGCCAGAAAAUAAAGAUAUCUUAAAAUGUCGUUUAACGUUCAUCCUCUUCUGUUGCUGCUCAAGUGGAAAUUAUUAGUUUGCAAUGGGUGGAUACGUUAGGUUUUUUACUCACAAGAAUACACACCGUUUGAGAAAGCAAAUGAGCAUCGGAGAGACAUUUUAAACUAAACAUAACAACAAUAGUCUUGUUGAAAUACACUUGUAAUAAAGGAUAUCUGCAUUUGAUAAGGACUGAAAAUACCAGAUUAUAGACAUGUGUUGAGGCAAAAGAGGCAAUUGUUUAUAAAUCCUGAAAGUUUUGUAACUCAAGGGUAGGAUCAAGGGUAAUACCAAGAAUCAUUCAGCUACUUGAUUCAAGGGUUUAAGGGUCAUUCAAAUUGAAGUUCUCUUCCCAAAUGAGCUCAGGGAUUAUUCAGCGUUUUACACGCCAAGUGCAGAAUUUGAUCAGUUGAACACAAUGGAGUCAUGUCUCUGUGAAGAUGUGGGCACAACAAUCUCCAAUCUACAUGUUCUGGGUUAGCCUGAGUCUUACUUCCAAUUGUGUUAUUUUUCCAUGAGUGGACAAGAGCAUGCUGGUUGGUGGAACAGUUUUGAGUUCUAGCUGGGUUAGCUUUGCUUUACAACCCUCAGUUGCCUUUGGUACAGCUGGUCCGGUGUAUGGUUGUAAGAUAAUGUGGCCGGAGAACGUCUCAAUGUUCCCUCUCCAUAAUUCAGUAUCCAUGCGUCCAUUGUUACGAGUGUAUCUCUGCGAUACAUGCCAUACACAACGGAGAAAAAAACAAAAACAACAAUUUAACAUAGUUCAUG